AUGGCCGCGUCUGAUAGCUAUCCCUCAAGUGGGACGGAGAAGCAUCUACUGGGAAUUAUCUGGGGCGCCACAUCAAUCGCCACCUUCGUCUUAGCAAUCAGAGUUAUCGCGAAAUUAAAAAUGAGGCAAUUUGGACGCGACGACGUGAUCAUGGUUUUCGCAGAUGUGAGCAACUUAACAGCCGCCAAACUUUCUCGUGUUGCAAUAAUUGGAUCAAGUAUGUUCACAAUAGGUGUGAAGCAUGGCUUUGGUCAUCACGUAUGGGACAUCCCACACGCAGAAGUUUCGACAGUCAUCAUGUAUGACUAUCUCACUCAAGCAUUCGGUGUCGCUGCAUCAUGCAUGGGCCGAAUAUCUUUUAUUCUCUACAUUCUUGGCCUCCUUGCAAUUGAGAGGCAUCAUCGAAUCAUUCUGUGGCUUUUUAUCAGCUUCCAGUUAACUACAAAUGUAGUUUCUAUCCUUAUAAUGUUCUUGCAGUGCCCAGGACAUGCUUCUGACAUUUGGAGCCGACCACGAAAUACAGGGUGCUGGAAUGUUCACAUCCAAGCAUACUAUGGGUAUUUUCAAGGUGGUAAGAUAUAUUAUCUUCGUUUACGAACAAAGCUUCAUUAUACUGACAUGUUGGAAUUAUUAAACAAACAGCCUUUAACUCUGCCACAGAUCUUUACCUUGCUGCUUUUCCAGCAUAUAUACUGUGGAACAUGA